UUUUUCUUCAGAAUAAAACACAGCCACCAUGAAUUGUGUAGCGAAAUUUGGAAAGUUCAUUCUUGUUUCCUUGAACAUCUUCUUCAUUAUAAUCUCAAUAGUGUUGAUAGUGCUGGGCGCCUUGGUGAAAUGGGGUCAGAAUUUGUUGAGCCAGUACCUGAACCCCCUAUUGUCAGGGCUGAACAGCGCAGUGGGGCAAGCUGGACUGGGUAAUGUUGACCUCAGCGGUUUUGACCUCGGUGUACUGCUGGGUGACGUUGCUGUGGCUCUGAUCAUCAUGGGCUGUAUACUGCUGUUCAUCUCCAUCAUGGGCUGCUGCGGAGCGUGCUGUCAAGUGAGGUGGAUGCUCAUUGUGUACGCCAUCAUAAUCUCGUUGGUGUUUUUGGCACAAGUAAUCAUCGUUAUCUUGCUGUUUGCCAAAACUGAAGAGAUGAGAGAUGUUAUUAAAGGCCCUAUGAGGACAAGUAUUAGAGACGGAUAUGUAAGCUUCAAUUCCACGGAUAUAAUAUCCUUAGGAUGGAACUUCGCCAUGAUGACGUUUAGCUGCUGUGGGGUAGACAAUUACAUGGACUUUGACACGGCUACCAAAUGGCCAGGGACGUACUACGUGGAUGAUCUGGGAGAAACCGUCAAUCUGACAACGCCCGUAGCCUGUUGUAAAGUCGAGGGAACCUUCCCAAACUUCUCACCUCCGUCCAACUACAACUGUACCUUCAGUCCAACCGCCAAUAAUUCCAACUAUAUGAAUGGAUGUUAUCAAGCCAUAGAAGACUUUGUCUUUGUUUACGAUGCUGCAUUUAUUGGAGUCGGUGUUGGACUUGCGAUAUUUCAGAUCUGCCUGAUAAUAUUCUCCUGUUUGCUUUGUAAAGAGAUGGGGAAGGACAACUCUGUAAAACCGUACGACUAAUGAUGGGAAGUCAGAGAGAAAUGUGUGGAAAGGAGAAACAUCACUUGCUUUAGUCAGUGAACGAGGCUAUAUACAUGUACAAUGAUGAGCACAAAGAGAAAUACACGUAGGCCUAGUAACGACAGUUUUACAGUCACUUUCCACAAGUUUAAUAUUAGGAAUUUAUGUUUUAUGUUUCAUAAUUGCAUUGAGAAUGAUCACCAGUUUAUGUGACAUCAGAAUAUUCACAAGUUUAUGGGACAAUGGUAAUAUUCGCCAUUUUGUGCGAUACUUGAACAUUGUACAAGGCUGUUGUACGUACAAUUCUGUGGGAGACCAUUUCAUUUAUCUCUGUUUAUUUGAUGGGAGUUUUACGCUGUACUCAAGAAUUUUUCACUUUUCGUCGGCGGCCAGCAUUAUGGUGUGAGGAAACCGGGCUGGAUCCAAAGGUUACUGGAAGGUCUUUCCACGUACGACCGGAGAGGAAGGCAGUAUGAGCUACACUGUUAGUAUGACAGCAUGGCUAAAGUUAUCUCCCCUACUUUAAGGUCCGUAUUAGUAUGAAAUUUUCCCUCUGAACAUAAUUACCAAGGGUCAGUUAACAGAAUGUCACCAGACAGUAAUUAACGAGCAUGUUAAACGACAAACCUGCGAUGAAGAAACGGGUGGCUAAUUAUUUAGGGGGAGUGGGGAAAGGGGAUAGCAAUUGAAACAUUUGUGGAAUCGAGGUGUAAAAUACAGUUAUCAAUAAACUAAAUUGAUUUUCUAAAUUGGGCCGGCUUUUACAAAUAAAAAAAUAAAAAUAAAUUUAUUUUAUACACCCAUAUACAAAUUAAAUGCUUUUAUCUUUUUAUGUGAUACUUUUACCUAAUCUGACGACAAAACUUUUUAUUGCUUCUUUGUCCUGAAAAACUGAUAGAUUUAUUCUUUUAUAUAGUCAUGCAUUGAGAAGAGUGUUUGAAAGGUAAGUACGUGUACAAGAAAGAAUGCGUGUUUUACGUCGCGAUGUGCAAGAAUGCUUAUCUAUAUCAAGUUGUGCUGGUUUCGCUGGUAAAUAUUGUGUUUUUCGGAUAUAUGUGUACACUUCGUAAUCACUUGUGUUAUUGAUGCGUUUGUGUGCAUAUACAUAUAUAUUUAGAUUUUUCUGUAGAUGUCAACAUGUAAGUCUCAUCACAAGCACGCCGAAGCGCAAGGAUUGAUUUUAAAAUUUAAAUAUUUAGCCUUAAAAUGUAGGUCAGAAUACAAAGAUAACUUUUACCUUUAUAUUGCCAUUACAGAUCUGCCUUUACUAGGAUUGACUCCAGUGUAGAAUCUAUAUUUCCACUUAGUGUUUCAGCGCUUACCAGUUUUAAAGCAUCUUGAAUUUAACUUUAUGUUACAAAAGAUUUUGUAAAUGCGUACAGCUUAUUUGUUUUUCCUUGUGCAUCUGCGUGAUGUGAACAUAAGUACUAACCCAAUGUACCGUUAUACAUUGUUGUGAUAUCAAACCGAGCCGAAAUCUUUGUCCACAAAAACAACAUGCAGUAUUAAUUUGUUUUCAUAUGUUUUUAUUUAAUUCGACUUGAUGUGAAAUCCAUCUAGCCUAACUGUAUACAUGUAUGUGCACCGAGACCCCGUGAAUCAUAUAUGUUAUUCCGUAUGUGUAAAAACUUUUAGACUAAAGUGAUUUAUAAGAAAUAAUCACAGGGAGCUAUAUCACUAAGUAUAGUCUGUGAAUAUGUGAUUAUUGUCUGAUAUACUUGUUAUAUAUGUUUAAUAUGAGAUGUAUC